AUGUUCAAGCAGCUGCUUGUCCUACAAGGUGGGCCUUUCCCCAUUCCCGCCCUACCUUCCCCUCCCUCUGGACAACCCCGCCUCCACCAGCACCUCUCCAGGCUGCAUCCCACUCCAAUUCAGGAGGUGUCCCGGCGCCAGAGGGCAGCGCCUGCCCGCAGGUGUGCAGGUGGGGAGGUGGGACUGCGCGGCUGCGGGCCUGCUGGAGCCCGGGGGUUAAGUGGCUCACCUAAGAGGAACUCGCCGCAGGCACUCAGGCAUCCCGAAACUGGGAGCUCGGAACCCUUCCCCAGCUGGGGCCUCGGCCGGAAUCUUUCUCCUAGUCAUGACCGACCGGCCUCUUUUCUUCGCCCUGCUGCUGCUCUCCUGGAAAUUGGAGAGAGCUCUUCUGAAACUACCAUGAACACCUCUCCUACCAGCUUCCCCACAAUUUCCUACAGUGUCUCCCCCUCCCAUACUUCCCAGUCCAGUUCCCCUUCCACCUCUCACAGUGUCUCCCCCUCCCCUCUUACCUCUGACAGUGGCUCCCCAUGUCCCUUCCCUUCCACCUGCCACAGUGGCUCCCAGUCCACCACCUCCUCCCGAAGUGACUCUACCUCCCAAACCAGCCGACCCGUCUCCCCAACUACCUUGGAGGGCUCCUCCCCAAACUCCAACACCUUCUCUGGAGAUCCAUCUGCUGCUACGAGUAUGACAACCCCAGAGGAGGGGUCUACCACGCCGGUGAUCAGUGCCAGUUCAGCCCCAGGGGGACCCAGCGUAAUCCUGCUGUGGUGAUUGUGGUCUGCCUGUUGGUAUCCGUUCUGGUCCUGGGCUCUAUGGUGGUGGCUGUGAAAUACUGCCGGAAGAAUAUGGGAAGCUUUGAGAAGAUGGAUAAGAUGUCCAUGGAAACUGUUCAAUAGGAAUCACCCUUUGCAAGACUUCCCCCUCGGUGACCACAGAUGGCAACGGAGGUGGCUUCUGAGGGGCUGUUGGGACAGCUCCUGCUCACCCAUGCCCUCCACCCCCUCCCAUAAGGAUACUGUUGCCUGUCACUGAAUAAAAUGAAGACUGAAAUGAGACAGAGGCUCACCCUGGAUCCUUUAACUGGCAUCACCCUACUCCACCCACCUCUAUUGCUAAAGUUGGGAUCCCUCACCUUUGACUUUUGAUUA